UCCGUCGCCGUUUGCAGUGAUCGGUCCUGGAAGCUACGGCGGCCGCGCGGACUCACAAAGGCGCCGCUGCAGUCAUGGAGGGGGUCACCGUGGGCCAGGUGUUCGACGCGGAAUGCAUCCUCAGCAAACGGCCGCGAAAGGGCAAGUUUGAGUAUCUGGUGAAGUGGAGAGGGUGGUCGUCCAAGCACAAUAGUUGGGAACCAGAGGAAAACAUCUUGGACCCAAGGUUACUGGCUGCCUUUCACAAAAGAGAACAAGAGCGGGAACUUCUGUUCCAGAAGAAGGGGAAGAGACCGAGGGGACGUCCACGAAAGAUCCUGCAGCCUGUACCUACUGCCACAAAAGACAGCCGCUCGUCUUCCUCUGGUCUGUCAUCUUCGGCCUCCUCCUCUUCCUCUGAGGACGAAGAGCACAUUAAGAAGGCGAAGCCAGGUCCCCGUGUCCACCCUGUCCCCCAGAAGAGGCCCCAGAUCAUGUUGGCCAAACCCGAUUCGCCACACAAGAAGAAGCGAGGGAGGAAGCCUCUCCACCCCGACCUGAGGGCUUUACGGCAGGCAAAGAUCAGACCUCCUCUGCCUCCUCCUCCUCCUCCUCGCCACGCCCAGCCGCUCAGACCCACCAGAGACGAGCCUCGGGCCGGGGUGAAGAAGCCACUGCAGCCUGCCAGCUUCACCUACACUGGCCUGAGCAGGAGCUGCAGGGACGAGGCUGCCUCUGCCUCCCAGUCCUCGAGCAGCUCCUUCUCUCAGACAGCUGCCUCUAAACCCGGGUCGCUCAGCUGCAUUUGGACCAACCGCCCCCUGUCAGUCUCUUCUCCAUCUUCUGGCUCUUCGUCCCACAUCAAAUCCAAUCUUCCACCACAAAGUAAAAACUCUCUGUCUGAGCAGAAGCGUUCUCACUCAGAAUCGAGCGGCAGCCGAGGGAAUGGGUUCAAAGUGUCUCCUCCGAAACCAGGUGGAAGCUCCAGUUCGCUGGGUUUGCACAGCAGCUUCUCCGGAGGCCAGACAUCGAUCCAUCGCUCCCCGCUGGGCCAGAGGAGGAUGGAGGGAACGGGCACUCACAUCGGGCCGGCCCAAAACAAGCAGCAGAGUCUGACCUCAUCCUCGCUCACAGCUCGAGACCAAGCCAACCAGGCACUCAGCCUCCGAGCGCUCAACCUGCAGAGCGUCAGCAAGCCUUCCGCCGGCAGCAGCCUUCAGGGACACAGCACUGGCAGCGCUGCGGGGAGGUGCAGCCUACGGAGCGGCGGCAGCCUCGUGGCCAAAGGCGGAACGUCCGGAGGAGCGCGCGCCGCUUUAGUAGCAGGAGGUGCUGCAGACCAGGGGAGGCUGAGGGAGGACAGGGGAAGUGGCUCCAGCCGAGGGAACGGCAGCGGGAGGCAGGAGGAGCGCAAACACGGGCUCAGCUCUCAGAACCGGAGCCUGAACGAGCUCAGCACCGGAGACUCUGAUGAGAGCAGCAGCAGCAGCGAGUCGGAGCCCGACGCCUCUCUGUUCCCCCACAACAGCAGACCCAGCUACGGCAUCAACGCCACAGAGUCGGACACGGAGACCGACUGGAGGCCGGCGCGGAGUCUGCUAGAACACGUGUUCGUCACCGACGUCACGGCCAAUUUCAUCACGGUGACGGUGAAGGAGUCUCCGACCAGCGUGGGAUUCUUCAACUCCAGAAACCACUGAAGGACGUGGAGGUGGCGCCUCAGCCAGUAGAGCUGAGCUGAUCUCCAACAGGUUUGGGAGAAAACAGACUAACAAAGACGUUUUCCAGAACAAAACGAUCGCAUCCAAAAUCCAGCUGCAUUUUGGAGGCUGCUCAGUCUGUGCAGCGAGGGAAGAUUUGGUGAAGCUUCGUUAGACGGCGUCGUGGUCUUCCUCGUGUGACACAGUUUCUGUAUAUGCCGCAAUGUAACUGAUGAAGAGCAGUGUUCAUCAUCGCUACGUCCCGGAUGGAUGUGCGACGCCUCAGGUUCUCCUCACAGCUGGUUGACCCGGGCCCUCGCUGCCCAGUAGACCGGCGCGCCUGGCAGCAGAGUCAAGUAUUAAAGAAGUGAAGUCCGUGUGGCCGGUGACUGUUGGUCCAUCGUGUCGUUGUCUCGUGUCUUUGGACCAAAGGUGUGAUUUUAUUCCUGACAGUAUUCCUUGCACUACGCACAGUCUCCAUGUCAGACAUUCCAUCGUUACUGUGGCCAGUGACGAUCUCAUGUCCCUGUCAGUUGAAUGUGUGUUAAUUUAUAUCUGUACAUAUGUUUUCUAUCUGAUAUCUAUCUGGUGCUCAACGUGGCUCUUUAGCUUCAGACACUUGUAGCCGGUGCCUCUGCCCUUUGCAACGUUUGAAAUAAACACUGACUGUAAAGAAGAA